UUUCGAAUUAGUCAACAAUUUUGAGGGCAAGCAGACGCAGGCCCAGUUUGGAACAGCCCAAGGAAACUCCAUAGCCUUAGUUUUCGUCCCAGAGGUCUAUCAGAUCGCUCCUCUUCCAGUUCUUACUUCCAAGUUCUCGCUUCACACAGACAGCCAAACAAAUAUGGCGGCUUGCUCUACCUGGAAAACCCUACGAAUUUCCUCCUCUUCCGCAAGAACCCUCCUUCAACGUUCCUCCUCCUCCCCCUCUGCGUCUCAUCUUGUGUCCAAACCUACGAUGUCUGCGCCACUUCCUUCUGCAAAGCCGUCCGCAUCUUCCCGCUUCUCUGUUCCGAAGCUUACCAACUUCAGGCUUCCAGUGGAGUUGUCAAGCGUGCAGUCUCUAAUGCCAUUGCACAGUGCUACUGCUUCUGCCUUGUUUACUUCCCUGCUUUCUUUGCAUAACAACAGUUGGGGUUGUCUAUCUGAAGCUAUGCCUGAGAAAAAGGAAAUCCUGCACACCGAUUCCAAGAUGCUUCUAAAGGGUCUGUCUUACACUGAACUUGAGAAAUGGGUUAAAGCUCGAGGAUACAGACCUGGUCAAGCUUUAAUGCUGUGGAAACGUCUUUAUGGGGAUAACGUUUGGGCUCAUUCCGGCGAUGAAUUAGAAGGUUUGAACAAAGAUUUUAAGAAAAUGUUGAUUGAAAAAGCUGAAUUCAGGGCGCUAUCUUUGAGGGAAAUUCUCCCUUCAUCUGAUGGAACGAGGAAGAUUUUGUUCAAUCUGGAAGAUGGAUUGAUAAUAGAAACUGUCGUUAUACCUUGCGAUAGAGGCAGGACUACUGUUUGCGUUUCAAGUCAAGUGGGCUGUGCUAUGAACUGUCAAUUCUGCUACACUGGCAGGAUGGGCCUGAAGAGACAUCUGACUGCUGCUGAGAUAGUAGAACAGGCAGUUUUUGCGAGGCGUUUGCUUACUUGUGAAGUAGGGUUAAUUACUAAUGUUGUGUUUAUGGGAAUGGGAGAGCCGCUUCACAACAUUGACAAUGUCAUUAAAGCAGCAAAUAUAAUGGUUGAUGAACAAGGCCUUCAUUUCAGUCCUCGCAAGGUCACUGUUUCAACCAGUGGACUUGUUCCCCAGCUCAAACGUUUCCUUCAUGAUUGUAACUGCGCUUUAGCCGUUAGUUUGAAUGCAACUACUGAUGAGGUUAGAAAUUGGAUCAUGCCAAUUAACCGGAAGUAUAAGUUAGGCUUGCUUCUUCAGACUUUACGUGAGGAACUUCGCUGCAAACACAAUUACAAGGUUCUUUUUGAAUAUGUGAUGCUUGCUGGGGUUAAUGACAGCAUUGAAGAUGCGAAGAGGAUUGUUGAUCUUGUCCAGGGUAUUCCAUGCAAGAUUAACCUUAUUUCAUUUAAUCCACAUUGUGGAUCUCAAUUUAGACCUACCUGCAAGGAGAAGAUGAUCGAGUUUCGGAAUGUUUUGGCUGCAGCCGGGUUGACUGUUCUCUUGCGACUAAGCAGAGGUGAUGACCAGAUGGCUGCCUGUGGUCAGUUAGGCAAACCCGGUACAAUUCAAGCUCCUUUACUCCGUGUACCGGAUCAAUUCCAAAUGGCAAUGAAAUUGGCUCCCUAGACCCUACUUUGUUCAUUCGAUAAGGUGUAGAAACAUUCACCCCCAGAUUGAGAAAGUCAUCCCUCACAUCUUAUCCCAAAUUUUAUGUCAUUCUUCAGUUUCGCUUUUCAACUUGUACCUUAUUUUUGGGAUAAAUUUUGAAUUUGGUGGUUAUUUAUAACCAGUGAUAUGGGCGUGGUGAGUUUGACACU